AUGAGUUCCUCCAUCGCCUUAUCUGCCGCCGCGGCGUCAAGACCUGGUGUUGCCCGUCCGGCUCUAUCCCAAUUAGUUUCAACCAAAGGUGCCCAAAGUCGAAGUAUAUACCGCGCUGCUCGAAAUGGGCAGUGUAAGACGGAGAAAUCAGAGCAUACUUCUCGCCCGCUCAACAAGUCUCAUUGUUCUCCUCAUGCCAGCACACGUUCCGGUUCUUGCUUUUCGGGCGGCUUCGCCAGUCAUGUAGAAUCCAUUCACGGAAUGGAAAGAUUUGAUGGAUCGUUGCCAGGGUUCUUGCGAUCAUUCAUCAAUGCCGAGUCUCCUUUAAAAUUUGGUACUCCUCUCAAAUCUCACCUCCAGGACUUCAACUUUACACAAUCACCCGAAUUUAGCCGUGAUGGCCUCCGCUACGACCCAGUUUCCGGUCGUAUGGUACCUUAUUCACCACAGCCAUCUAAGCUGGGUAACCAGAAGGUGCAAGACAAUCCAGCUAUCGAUUGCGCUCCUGGCAACGAACUAGAGGCAAAAUUUGCCUCUAGUCCGUUCAUGGCUGAGGAGACCCAGUUCCAACCAGGAGCCUCUGUUGAGCAAGAGAUUGGCAAAACAUGCCUUAAUCCCCAGCCAAUUGAUUGGUCUGCUGGAAACGAAUUGGAUGCGCUUUUCACCUCCCACCCAGCCAGCUACAAAGAGAUUCGAGCCAUAAUCGGAGCUUUCCACGAGUCUGCACAUAAACCUAACAUCAACAUUGGUUGCCCCCCUGGAAACGAGCUAGAGGCUUUGUUUAUUUCAGAGUCAGUGCAUUCGGGAAAACCACAUGCCGAGACAUCAAGACCGUCAAGACACUUGAAAAAGCUUUCCGAGGAUUCUGGCCUCAAGUCUGGAAAAAGUGUCGAGUGUUCCCCUGGUAGUGAACUGGAGACUCUCCUUACCUCUAAGCCAAUUCUUCGUGCAGAUAAGACUACACUGGUUGAGACUUACGAGGCGAGUCCUCUUGCUGAACCUCAAAAUAUCGUGGUUGAUUGCCCCCCUGGCCAUGAAUUGGAGGCCAAGUUUGCCUCGACCACCCCAGAGCCGGUUUCACAAGCUACACAGUCUAACCUUGCAGCCAAUACAAUCGACUGCUCCCCUGGCAACGAAGUUGAGGCCAAGAUCGCUUCCGAGGCAGCUGCUACAGUCAACAAGGAGACCAUUGACUGUCCACCUGGGAAUGAGCUGGAAACGAAGUUCACAGCCGACCCUGUUCCUUCCACCGAAGACGGACAAUUUCAACCCUCUUUGAUCGCAGAUGAACUCUACACUCAGAGGGCCAAUAUAACUUUAGAAUGCCAACCUGGAAACGAGCUAGAGAGCAUGUUCAUCUCAAAAGCGGCCAGCGGUAGCCCUUCUUUAUCCGACGACCUCAAGUCCUUGACAGCAAGCGACAUUCGCGCUCGUUACGCCUCAUUGCCCACAGAACCUAGCACGAAGCCCGAUCAUUCCAAAAAUAUCGAGUACUCAAGCUCCGAAGAUCAUAUUGGAGAGUACAUCUUAAAGACACAAAAUACCUCUACCCCCAGCGCCCAACAAGAUUCAUCUCCUGCCUAUCGUAUCCUAACAUACGACUCCGUUAUUUCCCAAGUCACAACUGCCGAAUCUGACUCGUUCUUCGGUGUGAAUGAAACCACCCCCCUAGCUGAAGUUCUCUCCCGUCUCCAGAACCCCGCCAGGUUCGUCCCAUACUUCGACCAAAUGCAACGCGACGGAUACGAAAUAGCCACAGGAGGUGGUGACAUCCUGGUAUUCAGAAAGCUCGGUAAAUCAGCAGCAGAGCAGGAUUCUCCCGUCCACGCCGAUGUCGCAAAGUUCCUUCGUCACGAUGCCUACCCCGUCUCCACCAAUGCUGGCUCCUCGCGGCCGUCUUCCACCAACCAGCCCCCCUCUGCAAACCGGUCGAGCAUCGAAGGCUCGUCUUCAAAUUCGGGUUCAAGUUCAUCCACCGGCAAAACUCUCCGUCGAAUUAUCCUCACUGGAACCGCUACCGCGGCAUCUUGCUAUGCAAUUGGAGUCGUCGUCGAGUAUUUCCGAUCUGGUGGGAAAGACGGUUGGGGCAUUGACGCGUUCACUGUUUUUGAAUCAGACCGGCUACAUCGAGAGUAA